AUGAUUUGCCUGGCAAAGGUGAGGCCGAGCCACCACAUAUGGUCCUGUGACCAAUGCUGGGCAGCGUUCCACCUGAAGUGCAUCAGAAGCUGGGUCCGGCGAUGCAACAAUGCCAACGGUCCGGAGUUUGAGUGGGCAUGUCCAGGAUGUCGCUAUCAUCGAGUGGACGUGCUGCCGCAGUACAGCUGCUACUGCAAGAAGCUGCCAGAGCCGGAGCUGAGUCCGCAUUGGCUAGCUCACAGCUGUGGCGAGGUGUGUGAACGCAAUCGAGGAUGCCCUCAUCCCUGCCCGGAACUUUGUCAUCCAGGGCCUUGCCCCCGCUGCACUGCGGUUGGCGGUCCUGGGAGCUGCUAUUGCGGUCGAGAGCAGACUGAAACGACGAGGUGCGGUGAUCCCAAGCUCUGGUCCUGCGGCCAGCCGUGUGGAAAAACUCUGAGCUGUGGCCUACACGCUUGCAAAGCGAGGUGUCAUGAGGGUCCUUGCCCGCCUUGCUCAGCGACGUCGCUUGAAGCCUGUUUCUGUGGCAAGAAGGAGGAGCACCGGCUUUGUGGGCAGGCCAGCUUCUCGUGCAGCCAGCCAUGCGGCAAAGCUUUGGAUUGCCAGGAGCAUUUCUGCGAAAGGGAAUGCCACCGGGGCGACUGCGGCCUGUGUCCGAAGGAUCCCAAGACUUGGGGCGAUCGCUGUGCUUGUGGCAAGAUCUCCAAUUGCAGCAGCGAGUCAGUGCGACCUCGCCUUGCGAAGUUUGCGCCCUCCUCGGAUGAGCAGACCGGGUCCGUGGAGAUGGCGUCGAUCUCGGCAGCGCCCUCCUACUUGCCCCUGGCCCUCAUCGACAAGUGCAUCGGAUCCCGCAUUUGGGUCAUUAUGAAGGGUGACAAGGAGAUUGUGGGCACAUUGCGCGGUUUUGAUGAUUAUGUCAACAUGGUCAUGGACGAUGUGCGAGAGUACACCUUCACGCCCCAGGGCAAAAAGAUCACACAUCUGGAGUCGAUACUCCUCAAUGGCAAUAACAUCACGAUGAUGAUUCCCGGAGGGGAUCCGGAAGAGAACGACAAGGGCAGUGGUGUUCGCAGCCACUGCCUCUUUGCAAGCAGCUAUGUGGGAGAAGACACGAACGUCAAGCACGGCACGGUCCGGUACACGUCAGUGCUUAAAGAUCGGUGCAGCGAAACUGCCGAUGCGGGCGAACAGUGCGAGAAGCUGCUUGCUCAACAGGCUGGCGACAAGUUUUGUGGUGGCUACAAUCCGUACCUGUUAAUCGAUGAUUCGAAGAAGAUAGCAGCAUGCGUGGAUCCGGCGGAGGCACAUCUGGUCCUGGCGAAAGCCAAGGAGGAGGGUGUUCAGAUUGUGGCAGUUCUCACCACACAUCAUCACUAUGAUCAUGCAGGUGGGAACGAGGAGAUGGCCAAGCAGGUGCCAGGGAUCAGGAUCUAUGGCGGGCGCAUCGACAAUGUUGCUGCUUGCACCGAUCCACUGGAGCAUUGCGACAAGUUCAACAUCGGAGCGAUUGAGGUUUGUGCUCUGCACACACCUGGACACACACGUGGCUCAAUAUGCUACCACUGCUCUGAUGCCACAGAUCAGCAGGGCUUGGUCUUCACUGGAGACACCUUGUUCGUGGCUGGUUGUGGUCGUAUGUUCGAGAGCACACCGGAGGAGUUUCACAACUCCCUGGUGAAGGUGCUGGGAGCGCUUCCUGCAGAAACUCUCGUCUAUGUGGGACAUGAUUACACGGUCAAGAACCUACAGUUCGCUGUCGCGGUGGAGACUGCAAACAAGAACUUGGAGCAGAUGCUCGCGUGGGCGAAGGAGCAGAAGGUUCAGCGCAAGUACACUGUGCCAUCCACGAUGCGCAACGAAUGGUUGAUCAAUCCAUUCCUGCGGUCAGCGGAUGACUCCAUGAGGCUGGGACGGCUUUGCGAUCCAAUUCGGCAGAAGAAGAAUAGCAUUGGCAUAACACUCCACAGCCGCAGUGCGCUGGACAAAUGGAGAUGCGGCAUUGAGCUAUCUGAGCCAGAGCCGCGGAAAAGGUGGACAGAGCAGAUCCUUGCAAGCCGAACCACAAGUGCGACGUGGUGUGCUGUGAAGGCUUCAACAACCGCAACCACGAGGCCCAUAUGUGCCUGCAAGUCUGUGGACGUCCGCUAUCCUGUGGCAACCACACAUGUGAGGAGUUUUGCCACUUGGGGAAUUGCCCUCCGUGCCGCGUGGUGUUGCAUGAGCCUUUGUACUGUGCCUGUGGCAAAAGCUUUGUCGAACCGCCAGUGGUACCCGUCUGAGCCCGUCAGCACCGGCAAUGUCUGGAACGUCCACUGGGCAUGCCUUUGCAACUUGCUCCGCACUGAGUUCUGUGGAUGGAGUGUGGUCACGUUUGUCCAGCAAAAUGCCAUGAAGGGCCACACCCACUGUGUUACGAGCCUGUGUCGAGAACUUGUUUGGGUGGCCACAUGCAAAUGCGCAACACGCCCUGCCAUGUCGGUCCCAUCUCCUGUGGUCAGUCCUGCGGUCGGUUGCUCGCCUGUGGGCACAGCUGUCCUUCGCAAUGCCAUGCAGGUGAGUGCAAGCCCUGCUCGAGGCCAUGCGGAGCAAGGAGAGUUCAUUGCAGCCACUCGUGUCAGGGGGACUGCCAUCCAGGUUCGCCGUGUGAGGAUACUCCCUGCAAGUGGAAGAUCAAGCAAGCGUGCCCGUGCGGUCAAAGAGUGGAGGAGCGCCUUUGUGGUGCCUGGAGCGGUCACCUGCCAUCUACCUCAGCCGCCUCAACCUUGCGUUGCUUGCCCUCUUGCCAGCGGCAGCCUGUUGAAGCAGCGACUCCAGGCACUGAACUGUGAGCCGGUGAAGUACACUGCUGACCUCUUCCAAUUGGCUUCUCAUCAUCGUAAAUACAUUGAGAUGCUCGAGGGCGUGUUCAUGGAAGCUGUUCUCGACGGAGCUGGCAAAGGAGCUUCUCGUAGCAGUGCCACGGCAGGACGUCAGACUGCCACUGCCACUGGCUCUUUCAAGACGCUGCCUCCUUGCGACACUUCGCGACGCCUGUUGGCCGUUGAGUGCCCUUCUCCACUUCGGCAAGCUGAGCUUUAUCAUCCGGCAUUCCUACAGUUGGUGGACGGUCCAUGCGAAGCUCCUGACAUUGAACCAGUCAGUGUUCAACAGAGCAUGCGAGCAGCAGAUUGGGACUGUGAGAGGUACGCACGCCUGCACUGGCGCUUCAAGACGUCGACCAAAGCUGAUGCAGUUGAGGUUUUCUGUGAUUUGCCGUGCAUUGCCCAGGAAGCCUUUUACGUGUAA